AAAACAAACAAGAUCAAACGGUGUUCUCACCCUCUGCUUUGAAUUUAACUGUCAAGCAUGACUCACAACCGGAGGAUCUUUAAGAUGAUUCAUUUAUGCCUUUUCUUCUUCAUUGACAGUGGGUCCAGUUCAGAUAACAGACCCAAAUAGUAGAUCAUCACUGAAGGAAAUUACGAUAUGAUACAAUGAAGGAAGCUCACAUGAGAAGAUAUCUUUCAAAGAAGACUGGAAUUUUUCAGUUUGUGGAAGGAAUGCUUAACAUUUGUUACAAUGCCAUUGAUCGUCACAUUGAAAAUGGUAAAGGAGAUAAGAUCGCAAUCAUCUAUGACAGUCCUGUUACCAAUACUAAAGCAGCUAUUACCUAUAAAGAAGUCCUAGAGCAGGUCUCUAAGCUGGCUGGUGUUUUGGUCAAUCAUGGUGUCAAGAAAGGUGACACCGUGGUUAUCUACAUGCCCAUGAUCCCGCAGGCGAUAUACACCAUGCUGGCAUGCGCGAGGAUAGGAGCCAUUCACAGUCUCAUAUUUGGGGGAUUUGCAUCCAAGGAACUAAGUAGUCGUAUUGAUCAUGCAAAGGAGACGGUUCCUUUGGCUCCAGGCCGUGACCUUGACUGGGAUGAAGAGAUGGCAAAAGCGCAGUCACAUGAUUGUGUCCCUGUUCUUUCGGAACAUCCGCUGUAUAUUCUUUACACAUCUGGAACAACAGGAUUACCGAAGGUAUUCACUCUCUUAGGGAUAACUCUCUAUGGUGAGAUUUAUGUGGAAGUGCCCAAGGUGGUUGUUACAGCAUCAUUUGGCAUUGAACCUGGAAGGAGGGUAGAAUAUAUACCACUUCUAGAAGAAGCGCUGAGAAUAGGACAACACAAACCAUAUAAAGUUCUCAUUUACAAUCGUCCAAAUAUGGGAAAGCCUGUGGGAACACCAGAUGCUGGCGCUUAUUUCCGUGUGCUGGCGGAGCAUGGAGUCGCUGCCUUGUUUACAGCGCCGACUGCAAUUAGAGCCAUCCGUCAACAGGACCCCGGGGCAGCCUUAGGGAAGCAGUACUCUCUGACAAGGUUUAAAACAUUAUUUGUGGCUGGAGAACGAUGUGAUGUGGAGACCCUGGAAUGGUCCAAAAAGGUCUUCAGAGUGCCCGUCCUAGACCACUGGUGGCAAACUGUUAUGAUUUUGGAUGACAACAUGCAAAAACUGAAGGCUCGGUGUUUAGGAAACAUUGUGGUAAAGUUGCCAUUACCACCUGGGGCUUUUUCGGGACUCUGGAAGAAUCAGGAGGCAUUCAAGCAUUUAUACUUCGAAAAAUUUCCUGGAUACUAUGACACCAUGGAUGCUGGUUACAUGGAUGAAGAAGGCUAUUUGUAUGUUAUGUCUCGAGUUGAUGAUGUGAUAAAUGUUGCAGGUCACAGGAUUUCUGCAGGUGCCAUCGAAGAGUCAGUCCUUUCCCAUGGCACAGUGGCCGACUGCGCUGUUGUUGGCAAGGAAGACCCUUUGAAAGGUCACGUCCCCUUAGCCCUCUGCGUGUUGAGAGAAGGUAUAAAUACAACGGAGGAACAAGUUUUGGAAGAAAUUGUGAACCAUGUUAGACAGAGCAUUGGGCCUGUAGCUGCUUUCCGAAAUGCAGUGUUUGUCAAACAGUUACCCAAAACUAGAUCCGGCAAAAUCCCCCGGUCAGCUCUGUGUGCCCUGGUCAAUGGCAAGCCUUACAAGGUAACGCCCACCAUUGAAGACCCUAGCAUUUUCAGGCACAUAGAAGAAGUGCUGAAGCAGACAUCAUGACUUCUUCUUUGAGUCAGUUUAAGUCGAUUUUCUAAUUGAAGUCAAGUUUUUAUUUCCCAGAAAUAAAUAUUUAAAUAGAAAUUACUUGCAAACUAAAAUAUGAAUUGUGAAGCUUGGUCUAAACAAAUGCACUUGAAGGCUAGUGAAAGACUUGUGCCUUCUGUUAGAUAAGACCUAAUUAGCACUGCUAUCAGUUACCUGUAACGUGGUUCUAGGUUGUCUAGCACUUUAAUUUUAGAAAAACAUAGCUAAUGUAUGAUUUUUAAAAAUUGUACCCCCCCAGAUUUUUAAUUGGAAGUGACAUUAAUAUACAACCACUUCUUAAAAAUAGGAAUAUGCCGCUUUGACCCAAAAUCUAAAACUCAAGUUGAAGUUAGCAAAUGAUUAAAAUUUGUAUUAUAGAAAUUUCGUAUAUUUUCUAAUAUUCUUGUGAUGCCUACAUAUUUGGUUAUUUUAACUGAAAUGAAUGAAAUGGGAAGUUUUAGGUAAUCAUCUAAUCAUAUGAUUUUCUAGGUAGGAGGACCCUUCUAGUCAUACAUGUCCUAAGGGAAAGCUGGAGGCUGGAAACUAGGAGAAAAGUCUGCCUUUAGGUCAUUCGUUCCUUAGUCAAGGAAGUCACAGGCCUGGCAGAGCCCAGAGGUCACUAAAUUCUUUUUCUGUCAUGGAGACACGUGCUCCUUGAUGUGCUCCUCUUCCUGUUUCAGGUGCUUAAUUGACUGGGUACUUAAUGAGUCCAGCUUCCUAUGGAAACAAGGAAAUGAUGUAGAAAUGGGAUGGACUGGCAAAGAGAGUUCUGACGGCAGAAAUGUAAAAGUUUUUACGUUAUUCCAAAGACCAGAAUGAGUUAACCAGAAAAACCCAGAUUUUUAUGUGAAAUCUCUAAUUUUUAAAUAACUCACUAAAAAAUAUUGUGACAUUUAAACACAUCUUUCCAUUUAAACUUCUGUAAAAGUAUUGAGCUUUUAAAAAUAAUUGAAAAUGAGUCUUUGUUAAUAAGCUCAUGGGAAGGUGUCAAUUAACCAGAGUAGAUAGUUAUAGAUAAUUAAAUAUUCAAUUUGCAUAGAGUUCUACAGGGUAUCAGUAAUCAAAUAAUAGAUUUUAACACAAAAUAUACUAUGCUCAUUGAGUCAUUGAUGGUACACAAAAUAUUCCUAAAUCUUUCAGUCCACCACAAACAUUAUUUUCAAGAGCAGGUAUCCUAACAUAAUAGUCUGGGUACAUGAGAUAAAUAUAUGUCUGUGAUAAUAGAUAAGAGCUUAUUUACUUGUUUCUUAAAAAUUGCUUACAACCUAUAUAAAGACAUUUUGAAAAUGUAUUUUGUUUGUUUGUUUUUGUUUUCCUCUUUGGACCAUAGGCUAUAAAAUAAGUGAUUUCUUAAAGUAAAUUCCUAUUUGCUGAAAUUGGCUUAUUAAUUAUUAUACCUAGAAAAAUUAUAUUCGUUUAGUUGUUCCCUUUAUUUUAGUAGCCUGAAUUAAACCAACUAGAUAGACAUUCAGCUUAUAAUUUAAGGCUGAUGGUUGCUUUGAACUGUUGGUUUUAUUAGGUACAUUUUAUCCAUGAUCACAUCUAUAAUCUUAACAAAUAAUCCAUUUUUAAUGUCUUAGCAUUAAAUUGUAUUACCUUAUUUUUUAAUGUAAGGUCAGUUAAUAUGAUAUGGCCAAUUCUUUGGCUGAAAGUAUCAUUUGUAAGGUAUAUUGCACAGAUUCAAGAAGUGUGUAAAGGUUACAUCUUUGGUCCUCUUGCACAUUUUUUCUUGGUAACCACAUCUAAGGGGACACUUCAGCAAACAGGCUGAGCUGUUUUCCAGUUGAGUGGCAAGAAAACGGCGUAAGACUGGGGAAGUGGCUUUUUCUUGUAUCUGGUUGAGGAAAUUUUUCUCCUUUGUAGGGUCAGAGAAAAUACUAUUACUUUCAUAUGAAUAAAUGUGGGGCAAGAAAGACA